AAACAAAGGUUAACAUCCUCCGCGUAAGACCUCCGGUGAAAACAAGCAAAAUCUCACCUCCUCCCAAGAUCUACGAGCCUACAGCGGCAGAAACCGAACCCUUCUUUCCUUUUUCUGCUCCACGUUCCUUCAAACUUCGCGCAAAUUUCCCGACAAUUCUAAGAUUCGAACCCUAAAUCUCCCAAAUUCGAUGAAGAUCUAUUGAGCUAAAACCCUUCGGUCGGAGAGCUAAAGUCUCCGGUUCGAUUCGGGGAUUCGACGUCGAUUCGCGCCGAGAUUAGGGUUCAGGUUGGGGGAUUUGGAGUUCGGAUUGUUUGAAAAUGGCGUGGUUUGGGAAUGUAUCGUUGGGGAAUUUCCCCGAUCUAGCCGGGGCCGUGAACAAGCUGAGUGAAAGUGUUAAGAAUAUCGAGAAGAAUUUUGAUACCGCUCUUGGAUUGGAGGAGAAGCCUGCGGGUAGUGAAGGAUCAGACACCAAAACACUUUUCAAACCAGUGAUGGCCUUCAUGGGUCCUAGAGCAGAUAAUGCUACACCUGAGACAUCAGGAAAAGAAGAAACCCUGGAAAACUCUUCAACAGCAACCAAAGAGCAAUAUACAUCUUCUUUAGAAGUGCCAUCUGUACCUACUGAAGAGGUAGUUCUCACUCUUGAGAAAGAAAGCGGAGACUCCAAAAUCGAAGAGAAAGAUAACAACAAUCUUGACGUAGCUGGUAUGAAGCCUAAUAUACCUAUAGAACUUGAUGAAGGCAAAGAUGAAGCUGAAUCUGAUCCUAUACAAGUGGAUAGAGAUUUGACAAUUGCUGAAAAUGUGAACACAGAGGAUUCCCCUGUCCCACCUCAGCGGAAAGAGGUUACUGAGACUGAAACUGGUGAUGAAUCACAGUCAAGUAUAUUCAACUUGACAGGUUUGGAGGGUGGCGAUCAGGUUGAGAGUAAUAUUGUCAGUGUGCCUGAUGAACCACAUAACGUAAGUGAUUCAGAAGUAAGCCAUGAUAAACUGGACCAAGAAUCAGAAGAGCAUCCUGAUAAAGCUUCUACUGUGCACCAUGAGGUGCAAGACAGUGAGCAUGUAAGACUUGAUACAGAGUCUUCAGUUGUAAAUGAAUCUGAUGCUCCUCAGUCUGGAAAGAUUGCUGAAGUUUCUGAUGAACAAUUCACGAGUCCAACUAAUGAUGAACCUGUUCCAGAAAGAGAUGCCAACUUUGUAAAACAUGGCAUCGAUGCAUCUAGUGAGUCACUGGAAAUGAAUGCUCACAGAAAGGAUUUGGAAUCUGAUAGCAAUGAACAGAGUAUAACUGCUGAUUCCACUGCUGAACUAGAGAAAGUGAGAAAGGAAUUGAAAUUUAUGGAAGCUGCGCUGCAAGGAGCUGCUAGGCAAUCACAGUCCAAAGCUGAUGAAAUUGCAAGAUUGAUGAAUGAAAAUGAGCAGUUGAAGUCUACCAUUGAGGAUCUUAAGAGAAAAUCUUCAGAGGCAGAAAUCGAUGCACUUCGAGAAGAAUACCACCAAAGAGUGGGAGCUCUUGAAAGAAAGGUUUAUGCUCUCACGAGGGAAAGGGAUACAUUACGGAGAGAACAAAGCAAGAAAAGUGAUGCAACGGCUCUUUUGAAAGAAAAAGAUGAAAUAAUCAGCCAAGUUAUGGCCGAAGGAGAAGAGCUAUCCAAAAAACAAGCUGCCCAGGAGUCAACUAUCAGGAAACUAAGGGCUCAGAUCAGAGAAUUUGAAGAAGAAAAACAAAGGCUUAACUCAAAACUUCAGGUUGAGGAGACAAAAGUUGAAAGUCUUAAAAAGGAUAAGGCAGCUACAGAAAAGUUGCUACAGGAAACAAUAGAGAAAAAUCAAGCGGAGCUUGCUGCUCAGAAGGAAUUCUAUACCAAUGCCCUGAAUGCAGCCAAGGAGGCUGAAGCAGUGGCAGAGGCACGGGCAAAUAAUGAAGCACGAGCUGAACUUGAGACUCGCUUGAAAGAAGCCAGUGAACGUGAAUCUAUGCUGGUUCAAACACUGGAGGAACUGAGACAGACUUUAAGUAGAACUGAACAACAGGCAGUUUUUAGGGAAGACAUGCUCCGGAGGGAUAUUGAUGAUCUUCAAAAACGCUACCAAGCAAGUGAGUUGCGGUAUAAUGAGUUAGUCGCAGAAGUUCCUGACUCGACUCGGCCUCUUUUAAGGCAGAUUGAAGCAAUGCAGGAAACAGCUUCCAGAAGAGCAGAGGCCUGGGCUGGUGUGGAGAGAGCCCUUAACUCUCGCUUACAGGAGGCUGAAGCCAAAGCAGCAGCUGCAGAAGAGAAUGAACGAGUCAUGAAUGAGCGGUUAUCACAAAGUCUAUCUCGCAUAACUGUUCUAGAAACCCAGAUUGCUUGCCUAAGAACGGAGCAAACACAACUGAGUCGAUCACUUGAAAAAGAGAGGCAAAGGGCUUCUGAAAGUAGACAAGAAUACCUGGCAACAAUGGAAGAAGCUGCAACUCAAGAGGGUCGCGCCAAACAACUUGAAGAUGAAAUUAAAGACCUGAGAAGUAAACAUAAGCGAGUUCUGCAAGAAGAAAUGGCAAAAACUGAACUUCUAGAGAAGGUAAUGUUUGUUAGAACUAUGUUGUUUGUUUUUCAAUCUCUUGUCACACCCAUGCAUAUGAUUGAAUUCUCCUGCAGAAGUUCUAAGUUGUUAUCUGACAAAGCAUUUCUACGAGGUUCAGCACAUAAAUACAGGAAAGUAAAGGAUGGAUGGUUAUUGUCAUCCAAGCACACUAGCUUACAGAUGUUUCAACCAUCAAACUAUGGUUAUUCUAAGUUCUUGUUGUUUGUUGCUUUGAGAAGAAAACAAGAACUGAAAUCGGAUUUUUAUGCUGAAUUUGGAUAUCAGUUUCAGGAGAACCUUGAUAUAGGAAGGUCAGAUCUAUUAUUUGAUGGGGUCGGAAUUUAUGAAGCUAAGAUUUCUCGACAUGAGCUGACUGCUUCACACAAAAUUUCUAGAGUUACCAGUCAAGAUCACAUCACUAAACUCAAACACCCUCCUUUAGAAAAUGGAAAUGUUCAGCGGCAACUUUCUAGUGCAGGGAGCAUGGAGGAGAGCCAUUUCCUGCAAGCUUCUCUGGAUUCAUCUGACAGUUUUCUCUCGGAGAGGAGAGGUUCAGGAGAAUUUACUAUGUCCCCUUACUUCCUGAAGAGCAUGACUCCAAGUGCUUUUGAAGCGGCACUUCGUCAAAAGGAUGGAGAACUUGCAUCUUAUGUUUCCCGUUUGUCAUCACUGGAAUCCAUACGGGAUUCUCUGUCUGAAGAGCUAGUUAAUAUGACUGAACAGUGUGAAAAAUUGAGAGCAGAAGCAGCUGUUCUUCCAGGUAUUAGAGCGGAGCUAGAAGCUUUAAGGAGAAGACAUUCUUCUGCACUUGAACUCAUGGGUGAACGGGAUGAAGCGCUGGAAGAGCUUAGAAAUGAUAUUGCGGACCUAAAGGAGAUGUACCGGGAGCAAGUAGAUUUGCUUGUCAACAAGAUUCAGGUGUUGAGCUCUUCGGCUGGUGCAGCUUAAUCACCUGGAAGUUUUCUCCUCAGCAGCAUUAAUUGCUUGAUUCGCUCGUCAAUCCAUUUUAUUGAUUGAAACCAAUGCUGAACGAGGCAAAACUCUUGUAAGUAGCACAGUUGGAAUUUAAGAUUUGGUAGCUCUUGCUACCCAAGCUGAAGUUCCUCAAUACUGCGGUAAAUAUGUCAGGCUUCACUCAAAAGAGCAAGAUCCAAUGUUGUAUAUUGUAUGUGUGAGAGUGACAUCAAAUAGUUCUUUAUAAGGAUCAACAUUGUCUUAUAUUUCAUGUAGUACUUGAUUAUACAUGGUAUUAAUUUCAUUUUUUGGAAAUCUUUCUACAAACUUACUGUGUAAAUUUUGAAUUGUGUAUUUUUCGUGGUGAAUAAACAUUUUAUUAGUGUA